AUGUUAACAGAUGGAAACGUAAAAAGAAAUAUAGAUAGCCUGAUUAGGGUUACUGAGAAUGCCAAGAACAAUAAUGCCCUGAUCCAGGAGAGGAAACAGACCCAGGCGCAGUUGUUAGAGGAGGAGAAGCGUCUGGAUUACAGUAUGAAUUCGUCAGAACAGAGAGCCGAACAAGCUAGGGAAGAGAUUAAGAAAAUGCGGAAACAAUAUGCAGACAAGAUAAAGCAAAGGAAUUAUAAUGUCAUAAUGCAACGUCUGGCAAAGAAGGAACUGCAAGAAACCAUGGGCCAACUAGAGAAUGAAAAGCUACAAGAGAUGUAUGACAGAAUGAAGCAGGAUGAUCUCAUGGCCAUGGAGGAGAAAAAGAAGAAGAUGCAUUGUUUGGGAGAGGAAAUGAGGCAAAUCCUUGAUGAGAAGAUGCAGGACAAGGAGCGAAGGAGAGAGGAGGAGAAGCUCGCUGACAUGAAAAUAAUUUCCCAAAGGAGGGAGAACUUGAAGCAACAAGCAGACAGGGAUGUACCUAGAACAAAGCAGAUAGAAAUGUGCAAGAAACAAGAUUUGGUGUUUGCCACACUGGAAGUCAAAGAGAAUAGGCGAAAGGAUUCAAAGUCCAAGCAGGAGGCCCUUAGCCUCCAAAGAGUUCGAGAAACUAAAGAGAGAGAAUGGAUCACACAGCAGAAAAAUUUGGCUGAAAAACGAGCCUAUUCCAAUGCAAUGAUGAAGGCGAGUUUAUCAGCACAGGUUCUUUAUGCCAACCACCUCAAGAAAAUUAAGGCUGACCAGCAGAAGGCUGAUGCUGAGAGGAUCAUUGAGGCCAAUAAUGAUGAACUCGACAACAUAAAGGAGAAGAUGCGGUAUGAGAAGAAUCUGCUUUACUCAGGCUUCCUUAAACAACAGAUGAUGGAGCGUCAGCUCUUAGCCAAUGCCAAGUGCAGAGAGGAAACAGAGGAGGCCAAACGGUUUAUAGUAGGAGAGCAGGAGGACUUUAUGUGCCUUGGUGAGUACAAAGAGAAGGUGCUGAAGGACGCCGAGGCUUCAGGGGUCCCUGAUAAUUACUUAAUUGUUUUCAAUAGAAAAGCAAGUUACCUCAUAAAGAAAGAAAACCCUUGCCCCGAACCUGUGAAGGCACCAGGAACAUCUUAA